AUGGAAGACCCACAUAAGCACCUUAGAAAUUUCAUAGAAGUGGCCAACACUUUUAGGAAUCCUAACAUCUCGGAUGAUGUGUUAAGAUUGAAGCUCUUCCCUCAUUCACUGGCUGACAAAGCCAAAGAAUGGUUGAACUCCUUUCCAUCCAACUCUAUAACCAAUUGGCACACCCUUGCUGAGAAAUUCAUUAUGAAAUUUUUCCCCUCUAAUAAGGUAGUGCAAACUAGAGGUGAUAUUGCUAACUUCAUGCAGAGGGAUGGAGAGACACUAGUGGAUGUGUGGGAGAGGUAUAAGAACCUUCUUAAGCAAUGCCCAAAUCAUGGUUUGCCCUCUUGGGCAGUGUUACAAACCCUGUACAAUGGCCUAAAUACUCAAAACAGGGCCUUGGCAGAUUCUGCUGCUAAUGGCAUGUUUAUGACUAUGUCCUUUAACCAAGCCCAUGAGUUGUUAGAACAAAUGACUCAAAAUUAUGCCCAAUGGCCUGAAGAGAGAAAUCAGCCAAGGAGAGUGGCUGGUUUACAUGAGAUAGACCCUGUAACAGCUCUUUCAGCCAAGUUUGAUGCACUGUCCAAUUUAGUGAGAACCCAAGGACAAACCAUUGAGGCAAGAUUAUCCCAAUCCCAAGUUCCUGCACCUCAAAUACCUGUGACCCAACCUCAAGUUAAUGCAAUAAACACAAGUGUAACUUGUGUUUGCUGUGGUGGGCCCCAUUUGUAUGAUAGCUGCCCAUCCAACCCAGAAUCUGUGUUUUAUGUGGGAAACCAAAAUAGAAACCAAAAUAUUUUUCCCAAUAACUUUAACCAGGGAUGGAGGCAGAACCAACAGCCUCAAUAUUUUCAAGGGCAGGGGCAGCAAGCUGGUCCUUCUAAUGCCCAAACAAAAAUACCUUUUCCUACCCAGAAUUACCAACAAACUUCAAGGCAGCAAGCUGUUGUUCAACCUAGUGAGAUGCCUAUUGCUCCAUCCUCUUCUUUAGAAGCUUUGUUAAGGGAAUAUUUGGUUAAGAAUGAGACCAAGCAAAAUAGCUUGGAAGCUGUUGUGCAAAGUAUUCCAGCAUCCCUAAGGAACAUAGAAUCCCAACUAGGCCAUUUAGCAAACACUAUGAAUACCAGACCUCCUGGUACCUUGCCUAGUAACACUGAAGAGCCUAGGAGAAAUAAAGAGCAAUGCAAUAUGAUAGAGCUUAGAAAUGACAGAUCUGUAAAUCAGUCAGAAGCUGUGGUUAGACCUUCCACAUUAAAAAAAGAAGAAGGGGAGAACAUGCAGAAAGAAAAGGAUGCAAAUUCUGAACCUGUUCAGAAUUCUGUUGUUCAUAAUAGCCCCCAAGGGGUUGUGCACAAUAACUGUUCACCCAUUUUGGUCGAAUCAGACACUCAGCCCUCUAUAGAUGAGCCUUUAGGGAAUAAUUCCAUUGAAAAACCUACUCAAAAGGGUUUGACCCCUAAGCCAAAUAGUGAGACACCUGCUACUUCAAAAAGACCUCCACCACCCUUUCCUCAAAGGUUGCAAAAGCAGAAGCAAGAUAAUCAGUUUAGGAAAUUUCUAGACCUCUUAAAACAGUUGCAUGUCAACAUUCCAUUUGUUGAUGCAUUGGAACAAAUGCCCUCUUAUGUAAAGUUCAUGAAAGAAAUUCUUUCAAGAAAAAGGAGGCUAGAAGAGUUUGAGACUGUUGCUCUUACACAAUAG